AUACAAACACUCGUUCUACAGGGGAACGUAUUCACUGCAGCUGGUUCUGAGGUGACAUAAGUCUCAAAUCAUAAAUAGGGCCUAAAAUAUGGGGGGAAUGUUUGAGUUUUUGGCCCAAAAGCAAGUCCAAGGCAUUUGAAACUGGCUGUUGGAAGGGGGGUCUGAGCGUUUAGGUGUCUUACCCGCGGCCUUAGGGCGCUAACAGGGGAUUAGUGAGGUAAAUGUUGAAAGAGGUUUAUCCCGCAUGCUUAGGCAGUGCUCUUAAUUACAUUUCAGAGCAGCGUCCCUCUCGCAGUUGGACGCAGAUCGCUGAGCGUGAUGUCAGUGCAGCCAGGGCUUAGGCAGCGAGAUAAGGCCAGCUAAUGGAGAUAAAUUCAAUCUGUAUUUAAAGGUCUUUUUUAGUUAAGGCAGGUAUCUGGCACCGAGGGCCAGGAGCUCCUCAGGGACGGACUGAAGGAGGCCCAAGGUGCAGUGUAAACAGGGUUUUGUGGAUUUCAGUGCAGUGUGAACUCUGUGCAUUCUGUUGGGGUUUAUUUUGUUUAAAGUUGGUGCAGUUUGCUCUGUGAAGAAGACCAAUCCCAUCAUCAGGCACAGAAGCAAAGAGGUCAGUGUGUGAUGACCCCACGGGAGCAGCUGAGGAAGAUGACGGCUUUAGGAGAUCAGGGCACUCUGGAUGAGAAGCACUGGUACAGAUUGGUCAACGGAAUGUCAGCUGGAGCAGAGCUGAGACAGAGGCAGGAGCUGAUGAUGAGGAACCAGAUGGCUAUGGCCCCUCAGAUCCUCGCUCAGGGGCAGCAAAGGCUGCAGACGGUUCCUACUCAGUUUGAGCCGCGCUUCAUGGACAGAGAGCUGGUGCCCCCUGCUGAGAUGGUUUCAUCUGAGGCUCGGCAGAUGCACAUCGGCGCCCAUUUGGGACCGCCUCUACCCACACACUCCAAUGUCAUCCCAGGCAGAGGAUUCCCUGGAACAGGGGGUUAUGGGUUUCUUCCCACUGAAUCCAUGGAGACUGUUGCUAGGCGACAAGAGCUUAUCCACAAGCAGAAUAUCGCCAGGAUGGAGAUGAAUGCAAUCCUCCAUCAGAAGGAGCUGGAGAAUGCCCACCAGAAAGGUCUUAUGGGAAUGGAAAACCCCAUGAUGUACCAGGGCCUUCCACCCAACCCUAUGGCCUUCAGAGGGCGCCAGCGUCUUCCCGAUGGGCACGAAGUGUUUGUGCACCGCCCGACACUGGAUGACCUUCAGGCAAACAGCCUGCUCAUGUCCAGCAGCCCAUAUCCACCAAUCAGCACGCUUCAGCGGGAGAGGGGUCGGAGAGCUGGCCGCAGAACUGCCAACCACAAGGGGUCAGAGGUCAACCCGGCCUGUGUAAAAAGCCAAUCAGAGGAGAAGAGUGUGGAGCAGAGUCCAGGGGGCGCUUCGGGAGAGGACAAGGAGCCAGAGAUCAAAGGAGAACUGAGUGGAGAGGGCAGUGCCAGCCAGAGCAAACCCCACCAGACGAAGAUAGAUGUGGAUCUGUCCACUAGUGCGGGCAGGAAGAGUUACAAAGAUGGAGAGCAGGGUCUUCGGAAGCCAUGCAUUAGUGGACAGGAGGUGUGUGCUGAAGGCCCAAACUGUAACCCCAGCAGCAGCGAGAAGGACAUUUCCAACCCCUGCUCGGCCUUCCAGGAGAAGUUCCUGUACCCGUCCGCAGCUGCACCGCUCUCAGGCUUCCCCUACAUGUUCCCACUGCCAGGCAACGGACUCCUGCCCCCUGGACCCACGAACGUGUUUCUGAAUGGUGAAGAGAUGUCUUCGGUGGAUGAUCUUCGUAAGUGGACGGUCGAUGAUGUUUACAACUUCAUCAAUGACAUUCCAAGCUGUUCUGAAUAUGCUCAGACAUUUAAGGACCACAUGAUCGAUGGGGAGACACUGCCACUGCUGACAGAAGAUCACCUGCUAGACACACUGGGGCUAAAACUGGGUCCAGCGCUAAAGAUACGAUCACAGGUGUCUCGUAGACUGGGUAACAUGUUUUGUAUGCUGAAUCUGCCGCUGGCCCCCACCCUGCAGCCCCCGACGGAGAAGGCUGUGGAUCGAUCCUCAGAUAUCAGCUCUCCAUUAAACUGCCACAGUGUGGAGCUGCUGGGGAGCCCCAGAGACUCUGAGGGUCUCAAACCCUCUGAGCCUGGGGCCGAGCCUGAGAGCCAGUCACCUAUUGCUAUGAACGAGUCUGCCUGAGGGGGGCGCUCGAGCUGCUUCUAAGCACUGUUUUAACAGCUUGUUGUGAUGGUCCACUGUAAAACCUAGUGUAAAUUGCAUAUUCUAUAUGAAGUGUCCAAUCUUACCUGCAAAGGACAGGUGUGGCUGCAGGUAUUUAUCCUGUACAACCAUCAGCAAAACCUGAUCCCACUGGUUUAAUCAGUUGGUCGGUCAUCAAGCAAGGAGUGGCAUAUGCUGCUGCUUAUACUCUAUAUUAUAAUAUAAUAUAUACUGUAAUCAAUCUAUUUAUGAUGGACAGUUUACGUUUCUUCAGGUCUGAAAUCUGAACUCUAUCAUUCACUCCUCCAGUCGGUGAAAACAGUUUGGUUCUCUAAAACAGUAAUGACUUUAACACAUUUACAUAUCUUCUCCUAUUUCAGUUUAGCCCUACCCAUUCCAACUACAGCAGUUUAGCAACAUUCAAAGGUAAAUAAGGGCACUUUAAACACUGUUCUCGUUAAUACAUAAACUAUAGUGGGCCAUCACAACAAACUUUAUUAGUAUUUUUUAUGUUGCAUAAAACCCUUUAUAAGGAUGAAUACAGUUAGGAAAUUGUUCUAGUAUAUUAAGACAUGCAAUACACAUCAGCAGUUGUUUCUGAAAUUCCCUCAGUGAUGCUUCAGUUUGUUUAGAGCACUAUUACUGAUUUAUCUUUAACACUUACUAUCCUAAUACAUUGACCUAUUUUAUACACAUUUGAUUUAGCAUUGCACUUGAGCCACACAGAAAAAUGUACAAAGGGAAAACAGCUUUACAUAUUGACUCUGACAAACACAACACAGUUACAGUCCGCUGAAUUCUGCAGUAGUCAGUAUUUAUUCAUAUUCAUCUCAUAUUUUUAUAUAUCUAUUGUAAAUAAUUGAUAAAUAGCUUUUAUUUUUCACACGUGUUUUUAUUGUUAAGUUCUUUAAUGAUUUUUACAAUACCUCUUAAUGCGUAAUUUGAAUGUUGCUAUUUUAUGUUAUUUUACACAAGCAAAAAUGAAUAAAAAAACAACAAAA